UAUCCCUCUCUAUCUGACCUAAUUUUUAUUUUAAUAUUAUUUUAUUUCCUUCUUCUCCUUCACUACUCUUAGCCGCCGCCGCAGCUUCUUCAUCGUGCAGCCGCCGCCACCGCCGAGCCACCGGUUACAGCCAGCCCCCGCGCCUCUCCCAGAAGCGUCGCCGCUCGCACCGCCGGUUCAGACGCGUCCAGAUCGUUUCACGAUCUCCCCUGCAGCCCACGCGUCCAGAUCCACUCGGAUUUCCCAGCCCCACGCCUCCUUCACGCCGCCACGCCUCCGGCUACCUCCGUCCGCCGUCGCCUGCCCAAGGAUGACCGCCACACUCCCUUCUUCCAGCCAGGAGCAGCGCCGCCGCGUCGGGUUUGCAUCCCCUUUAAUUUGCAACCCGCGACCCAGGAUCUCCCUCCAGAUCCGACCCGCUAGCUUCUCAACCCGAGAAGCCUUUCCCAGCGGCUCAACCAGCCCGGUUCACCAGUGAACCCGGCCGGCGGUUCAACCGAACCGGUUCACAGCCACAACAUCAAAACAAAAAAUAGUUUUCUUUUCCUUUGCAGGUUCUAUGGCUGAUACUAAUUCUACUACUGGUUCUCCCACCGGCGACACCACUAUGGUUCCCACGCCAACGGCGCCGUCGUCCUCCUCUGUCAAGCCGGAUUUUCAUCCGGCCCUUGCUGUCACAAAUAUAAAAAACAACAUUACUUUUAAACUCGAGCUUGACAAGGAUCAUUAUGCUCUGUGGGCUGAAUUGUUUGAAACUCAUGCUCACGCCACUCAGGUACUCCACCACAUCAUUCCUCCAGCUGACAUGGAGCCUCCUGCGCGCACCGAUGCUUCCUAUGCCCGGUGGGCUACUCUUGACUCUACCGUCAAACAGUGGAUUUAUUCCACCAUCUCCUUUGACCUUCUCGCCACUGUCAUGGAGAAAGGUUCUACUGCUAUGGCUACUUGGAACCGUAUAGCUUCCAUGUUUCAGGACAAUCAGAACUCCCGUGCGGUCGCUCUCGACCAGGAUUUCAUCACCACUCGCAUGGAGGAUUUUCCUAAUGUUUCAGCCUACUGUCAGCGUCUGAAACAUAUCUCUGAUCAGUUGAGGAAUGUUGGUGCUCCAGUCAGUGACCAUCGUCUUGUCCUCCAGUUGGUCUCUGGUCUCACUGAGCCUUUCCGUGGUGUUGCCACCCUGAUCCGUCAGAGCGAGCCUUUGCCUCCUUUCCUCAAGGUCCGCUCCAUGCUGAUUCUAGUGGAAUCCGGUCUCGCCAAGAUGUCAGGCUCUACUUCUCAGACUGCUUUGAACACCCCUGCUUCCCAUCCACGGGACUUUGAUGACUCUUCUCAGCAGCGCACCACCCGCCGCAGCAAUCAGGGACACUCCAACAACCGUUCUGGGCCAGGGCAAAAUCAUAACUAUCAGGGUAGUUCUGGUAAACCUAAAAAGAAAGGUGGCUCCCGCUAUCCUGGAUCUCUGUCUCUUCUGGUUCACCUGCUGCAGCCCCUCCACCCUGGCGCACGCCUCCGCAGGCAUCCUGGAACAAUCCCCGGGGUUGGGCUACUCCCCCUGGUUGGGCUCCUUCCCCUUGGGGCAUGCCUCCUUGUCCUUACCCCACAUCUCAGUGGUCACGUCCCAUGGGUCCUCCGCAGCAACCCGACGUUCUAGGUUAGCUCCUCAGGCCUACACUGCUACUACUUCUCCAACACCCACUGAUAUUGCUGCUGCCAUGCACACCAUGUCCUUGACUCCUCCAGACACUAUGUGGUACAUGGACACUGGCGCCUCGUCCCAUACUGCGGCAUCUCAAGACGGGGAUGCCUCUCCUGAGAUGUAACAGCCUUGGCGACCUCUACCCAGUCACCCGUUCCUCUCCUUUUGCUGGUCUUGCUUCUGGUGUCUGGGACAACCGCCUUGGUCAUCCUGCUUCCUCAACUUUAAAUCACCUUAGGAAUAAUAAACUUUUUUUUUUGUGAACCUUCGUGUUCUAGUGUUGUUUGUGAUUCUUGUGUUUUAGGUAAACAUGUUCGGUUGCCUUUUAGUUUCUCUGAAACUAUUACUUUGAGGUCAUUUGAUAUUUUGCAUAGUGAUUUAUGGACGUCUCCUAUUUUAA